AUGGCACUCUCAUAUGUUUGGGGCCACAAGCGGUCGCCACACCCAUGCACAGUCGGUGGAACAGCGGUCGCAAUAACAGAGAAUCUGGACGACGCUCUUCGCAAUUUUCGAAAGCACUAUCCUUCCUCCAUGCUUUGGGUUGAUAUCAAUCAGGCAGACAUGGACGAACGAGCUCUACAAGUCUAUAUGAUGGUGGAAAUAUACCGGGUUGCAGAAAGUAUAUUCGCGUGGCGGGACAAACCGAGUGACGAGGGCAAGGUACGCGCGGGGAUGGCCUUGAUGCAGUCUCUUCACGAUCAUGUUAAAGCUCAGCAUGAAGACAGGGUCUUUGUUUGCAAGAAAAGUUAUUGGAGCCAGAUUGAUAGAGUUCUCGAGUGUAUACCUAAGGACGAGGGUAAUGACUUAUGGUACGCCUGCGAAGGCGAUCACAGUUUCCGCAAUGAUCCACUUGCGGCUAUAGUGGACUGGGAGGGGACGUUCACUAAUGACUCAGACUUCCCUGUUCAGUUUCGUAGAUCUUGUGGUUAUGACGAUAAAGCAGGCCCUGUUGUUGCCACACUCAUCGCCCGACUACACGGCACAGACCGUCCGUUUAUACAAUUCCUUCAAGAAAUGCGAUUAAAAAGAGUCGUCAUGCAAGAGGUCGAGAUCGUAACUCUGACCAAUUUAUGGGACUGUCAGGAUGGAUGUUGGGUUGAGCCUUGGGUCUGGUGGCGGGACCUCAAAGAAACAGGGACCGUUUCUCCUGAGCUAGAAAUGGCUGCCUGUCAGAGUCUGGUUGGCGAUAGGUGUCUGGUCGAAAACCCCAGCAAGGAGAAUAGUUUCAUACGCAUUUGGGGACGUGGUCGAGCUAUCGACUGGACGCUGUUCAUUGAUCCACUCAAGGUGCCUGACGAGGCUGUUGUAGCGCGUCGCAACCAGGAGCACCUUGUUUUUAAAGUAACCUGCUAUGCUCGACGAAUGGCGGUCCUCUGCAACUUCCAGGUGGCCGUUCUACCCGCAGCCGCAGAGGUGGAGGACAAAAUCGCUGCAUCUUGUGGAGGGCUUAGUCUGUGUCUGCUCAGACGACUAGACGGCCGGUCUGAGUGUCAGUUUGUUAGAGAAUGCUACGUUGAUGGCUGGAUGGAUGGAGAACUGGUUGCGGAGUCAGGGGAAAAGCUGGAAAUGAUUGUGCUGGUCUGAUGGCAACACUCCAUCGUCCGGGGAACAAGCAACGCCGGCAACUUUCUCAGUACUUCCUACACCUCACCAGACUUCUAUAGGGGAAAGUUACUCACUCCUUUCGGGUAUACUUAUCCUCUGAAAUCACUACUGAGCAUACAACCAAUGCGGUAGGGUCGUCAUGCGCUCAUAAUCAC